CACGAGUUCUCCCAUUUUGUCGGAUGAGAGCGGAGUCUGCGCAGAACAACAUCUGCAUCCCAGCGCCCCAUCACCUGCCCUUUGCCGGUUUUAGUUUCAACGCUGCUGCAUUCUUAAAGCUCACUACAUCGUAGAAUACCUGCCACCAUGGGGGACGCAGCUAUAUCUUUUGCGAAGGACUUUUUGGCCGGCGGAAUCGCCGCUGCAAUUUCUAAAACUGCAGUUGCACCUAUCGAGAGAGUGAAAUUGCUAUUGCAGGUCCAACAUGCCAGCAAGCAAAUCACCGCCGACAUGCAGUACAAAGGAAUUAUGGACUGUAUCGUGCGUAUCCCCAAAGAGCAAGGCUUUGCCUCUUUCUGGCGCGGUAAUAUGGCCAAUGUCAUACGCUACUUUCCUACUCAGGCCCUCAACUUCGCCUUCAAGGAUAAGUACAAGAAUGUUUUCCUUGGUGGCGUAGACAAACACACACAAUUCUGGCGGUACUUCGCCGGUAACCUGGCGUCCGGAGGAGCUGCCGGAGCGACCUCCCUCUGCUUCGUCUACCCGCUUGACUUCGCCCGUACCCGCUUGGCUGCCGACGUGGGCAAGGCCGGGGCCACCAGGGAGUUCAAAGGCUUGGGUGACUGCUUGGUGAAGAUCUCUAAGUCGGACGGCAUAAAGGGCCUGUACCAGGGAUUCGGCGUGUCCGUGCAGGGCAUCAUUAUCUACAGGGCGGCCUACUUUGGCGUCUAUGACACAGCGAAAGGAAUGCUUCCAGACCCGAAGAACGCCAGCAUGUUGACCAGCUGGAUGAUUGCCCAGUCUGUCACUGCAGUCGCUGGUCUUACCUCCUAUCCCUUCGACACAGUCAGGCGUCGUAUGAUGAUGCAGUCAGGACGUAAAGGAGCUGACAUUAUGUACUCUGGAACUAUGGACUGCUGGAGGAAGAUCGCCCGCGAUGAGGGCGGCAAGGCCUUCUUCAAAGGUGCUCUGUCCAACGUCCUGAGAGGCAUGGGCGGCGCAUUCGUGUUGGUACUCUACGACGAGAUCAAGAAGUAUACUUAAGCUUCACCUGCCCCUCUGACCCCCCCCCCCCCCCCCCCCCCCCCCCAACACUACUCCAACCCAUCCCAACCCACCUGGUAAGGAAGGGAGGAGAGGGAGAAAAUAAAUAAUAAUCACUAUGACCAACAGCAGUAUGUAGAGUAGCUGUAACCACUAUAAAGUUUAAAGUUUAAAAGCUUUGACCAAACCUCCAUCCUCCCAAUGAAGAAUGUGUGGGGUCCAAGUUCUAUGUAGUGCUAGAGGACAGAUGUUCGACCCGGUCCUCCAGUUAUUUACCUGUGUAUUCGCCAUUUUAAACACAGUCUCAUUUUAUUGUAAUAUUUGUUUGUCUGUUUAUCUGUCUUAUUGCACUGAUAAUGGAAAGGCAUUGCAUUUAUUUUUGUUUCUGAACAUGACCCUGUCAAAAUAAUUAAAAAAAUGUUGUGAAA